GCGUGCACAGAAAUUCACGGAGGUGGGCGGAGUUAGCAGCAGAACAGACGCUCCUCAGCUUCCCCAUUGGUGUGUGGAGUACUAACGUAAAACUUAGCUCUCCAAUAUUGCGAGCUACGACGUUCAGCUGUCGCACGGGGCUUUUUUGCUGAUUUAUUUUUGUGUUUAAUGUCGCCUCCGCAUCUGACGUGUAACUUAAGUAUGCUUGGGUAAAUAACGAGCGCUGCCUCUGCCAAAUGCUGGGAAUAGUAACGUCUUUUGGGGGAUUCGCAUGACAGGGUAACCGAAAGUGACUGUCACCUCUUAAAUUUAGAGUUAUUGGAAACGUUGAAGCAGCUUUUACUUCACUUUCUAUAUCACGGAUGUUUUUACUUCGAGUUGCACUUCCGUGUUGUGUGCUGUCCGAUAUAAAUAACAGCCAGAUACGUGAUAGUGUAGCUAGAUAAACCAUUACACACACAGGUGUAUCUUUACCAAGGGGUCGACAGGGGUUGGGUAUAUCUGGCUAUAUCACCUUGAGAACACGUCAGUAGUCUGGGUCUGUCCCAGACAUGAAGAGGAAAGCUAAAGACAUGGGUGCAACUCUCAGCUAUGGUUCAACCUCAAGUCGGAAUGUGUCUUCAGCUGCAGGACAGUCACAGGAAAAUUUGUUCGAUGUUCCCCUGGAGAUCCUGGAGGAGAUCUUCCUGAGUCUUCCUCCCCAUCAGGUGGUUCGUGUUUGUCGGUUAGUGUGCCAUCAGUGGAAAGAAGCGGCUGACAGUGAGUCCCUGUGGAGAGAGAGAUGCAGAAGAGAAGGAUAUCGCCUCCGCGAUGCCUCCAGAAUACCCAAAGACUGGAGGUUGUUUUACUUCUUGUGCAAGAAGAGAAGAAAUCUUCUCAAGAACCCAAGGGCAGAACAUAAAAUGAAGAACUGGCAGGUGGAGAAUGACGGUAAUGAUUGGAAAGUAGAAGAAGUUAUGGAGCUGCAUCCAAAUGAGAUGGUCAAGAAAAACUUUGUGACUUCCUACAUGAUGUGCAGGAAGUCUCAGUUGAUUAAUUUGGAGCUGGAAGGGUACAACCCAUCUUUCAUGGAUGACUUCCAGCCAGACAUCAAAAUAUCUGAUUGGUAUGCACCACGAUGGGAUUGUGGCAGUCAAUAUGAGAUCCAUGUAGAGUUGCUGAAUCAAAGAAAGCAACCCGUUCAGAAGUUUGCUCCUGAGACAGUUUACUUUCAGCAGUGGAACGAUCAGAAAUGGAAUCAGAUGACCCAUGUAUUCCAGAACUAUGGACCAGGAGUGAGAUACAUCCGUUUUACCCACGGAGGCAAAGACACACAGUUCUGGGCAGGAUGGUACGGAAUUCGUGUUACUGACAGCUGCGUUGAGAUAUGUCCAGCAAUGGACACAUAGCUCUGCGGGAUUCAUUUAACGCCUGCUUCCUGCCAUCGCCUGAAAUUACAAAGUUGCACCUUGUCUUAUUUUCCUUGUAUAACCUGCAGCCAUUUUACAUGUUGAAGGAGAGUUUCUUUGGGUAAAAAAUUAAAAAUAAUAUAAUUUAUUUUACUCAAAGGUCCAGUGUGUAGGAUGUAGGGGCAUCUUUUGGCAGAAAUGGAAUAUAAUAUUCAUAACUAUUUUAAAUAGUUUAUAAUCACCUGAAAGUAGGACUCAGUAUGUUUUUGUUACCUUACAGUAAACCAUAUAUCUACAUAUGGAGAGGGCCCUCAGCUAUGGAGUCCUCCAUGUUGUUGUACAGUAGCCCAGAAUGGACAAAUUUGCGUCUUUGUGUCAGCCACCAUAGUUCUCCUACACAUUCUACGCACACAGGAGAAAUUUCACUUCUGCAACCUCAGAGAUAGAUGCCACUAAAUCCUACAAACUAGACCUUUAAAUUAAAUAUUAUUACCCUGCAUGGCAUCUGUUGAUUAUUUCAAAAAUGAUGUCUGUGGGUAUUUCCCCAUGUUUCCAGGAGAGCCUCAUGUCUUUGCAGUGAGGGCAGUUGUUGAAUACCGAAACCUCAUUAUGGCUUGGCCCCUCAGAAACGCAGCUCAGCCUUACGUUCAGUUUUUCCCAGUGGCCGUUGUGGUAUUGCAGAAAAAAAAAAUCCCCUGCAGCUCACAAAGAAUUUCCCCCAUGGACUGACUUUGCAAAAGAAAUGCCUGUAAAACUGUUGACAGGACACCUCGAACUGCUAACAAGGUCAAUUACGACUCUUUCUAUUGUUCAUUUUUGAUCCAUAGAGGAUAAAUUAGGCAUGUGAGCAGUUCCAUAGAACUGGAUAGGUGCCAUCUUAGAGUCCGGUGUCAUGUUUUUAUACAUCUGUAAUCAUGAUUCCUGAGAACACAGCAGUUUGUACCUUUGAAAAGAGCCAUAUCACAAGCACUUUCAGAAAACAGUAGAUUUACAACAUUCCUUACUUUAAAUGAAUGUACACACAAGUCUGAGUUUAAUUGUUUUCUGUUGGGUGUUUUUUGUACGCCAUCUGCUUGUGGAAAUUUUAGGACAAGAUGCCAUAUACAGUACCAAGGCAGCUUUUGACAUUUUGCAAUACACUACAUCAUCUGUGGAAAAUUUAUACAAGUUCAUAAGCUUUAUUUUUGUAACCAUGAAGCCAGACAACAACAUGUCAUAUUUGAAGUUAGGUUUAUUCAUAAUACUGGUUUAUUGUGAUGCUUUAUCACAAGCAAGAUACAGUACAACUUUAAUGUCAAUUUGAAUAAAAACCAGAGUCCAAGAAACUCAUUCUCUCAA